AUGGCAGAAAUGAAUACCAAAGAAGUGGCAGGCGUGAGUGAGCUUCACCAGCGCCAUGACGGCCGCCAAAUCGAGCUUGUGGGCCCCGAUGGCCAGCACAGAAAAGUCGCCGUCGCCGAUUUGACCCAGGACGACUCCGAGCUGGCGACGAAGUUCGGUUAUAACCCGGUGUUCAAGCGAGAGUUUGGAUACUUGUCGACAUUCUCCUUUGCAGUCAGCAUCAGUGGUCUCUUCGCCACCAUCAUGACCACCAUGUCGUAUCCUUUAAUCGCAGGCGGCAGCAGUGCGGUGGUAUGGUGUUGGUUCGUCUCUGGUGCUGGUUGUAUGUGCAUUGCAUGCUCUGUCGCCGAACUGGUCUCUGCCUAUCCGACCUCUGGAGGACUGUACUUUACGAUUUCCCGGUUGGCCCCUCCGAGCUGGGUCCCUAUUAUUAGCUGGAUUACUGGCUGGCUCAACCUCUUGGGCCAGGUAGCGGGUGUCGCGUCGUCUGAGUAUGGUGCCGCCCAAAUGCUGCUAGCGGCAGUGUCCAUGAGCCGCGACUUUAAUUAUACAAUCACUGUGAACACAACCGUCGGCGUCAUGGCUGCGUUGACUGUCAUCACGGGCGUGGUCAACUCGCUUUCCACCUAUUGGAUGGAAAAGAUGACUAAAUUCUACGUGAUUUUCCACGUCUGUGUUCUUGUGGCUUGCGCCAUUGCUCUGUUGGCUUUGACCGAGGACAAGCAUGACACCAAGUACGUCUUCACUCAUGUCGAGACAGAGAGCGGCUGGUUCCCCGUCGGCUUCAGUUGGUUGUUUGGCUUCUUGUCCGUCAGCUGGACCAUGACCGACUAUGAUGCGACCGCCCACAUUACGGAGGAGAUCAGCAAUCCGGAACUCAAGGCUCCAUGGGCUAUUUCCCUGGCCAUGCUGUUCACCUAUGUCGCUGGUUUCCUGUUCAACAUUGUCCUCUGCUAUUGCAUGGGUGACCCAGACGAAAUUCUCGUGUCGAAGAUGGCCCAGCCGGUUGCACAGAUCUUCUACAACAGUCUGGGCAAGGGCGGUGCGAUGUUCUUCACCAUUGCGGCCUUGAUUAUCAUCAAGUUCGUUACUUUCACGGCCAUGCAGGCCCUUGGCCGAACUGUCUUUGCCUUCUCCCGUGACCGCCUGAUGCCAUUCUCCAAUGUAUGGGUCAAGAUUUCCACCUGGACGGGCACGCCGCUGUAUGCUGUGUGGAUCUCCGUCGUCUUGUGCAUUGCCAUCAACUUGAUUGGCCUCGGCUCGUACACUGCCAUUUCGGGUGUAUUCACAGUUUGCGCCAUUGCGCUCGACUGGAGCUACUGCAUUCCCGUUAUGUGCAAGCUCAUGUUCGGCAAAUUUCAGCCCGGUCCCUGGCAUAUGGGUCCUCUCAGCACCAUCGUCAACAUCUGGGCGUGCCUGUGGACCUUGUUUGUUAGCAUCAUUUUCAUUCUGCCCACUGCGAUGCCGGUCACUGCAGUAACCAUGAACUACGCAUGCGUCUACGUCGUGGCAGUUCUGCUGUUUGCUCUGGUGUAUUGGUACAUCCGCGGCCGUUCCGUCUACACGGGCCCCGUUACUGAGGCCAUUGCCGACGAUCUCUCCGAGAGUGAACUUGUGGAGGGCGAGAAAAAGGCCGAUGGCCCCGCCGCGUAA